AGUAUCACCUUAUUGAUUCAGCUGAAUAUUAUCUUAACAACCUUGACACAAUAUUAGAUCCAAACUACAUCCCAUCGGAGCAAGAUAUAUUGAGGACACGAGUGACUACAACAGGAAUAUCAGAAACAAAAUUUACUUUUAAAGACAUCAACUUUUUAAUGUUGGACGUCGGGGGACAACGAACGGAAAGAAAGAAAUGGAUUCAUUGCUUUGAAGAUGUUACUGCCAUUAUAUUUAUUGUUGCAUUAAGUGGUUAUGAUCAGGUGCUAUUAGAAGAUGAUCAAAUGAAUCGAAUGCACGAGUCAAUGGUUCUAUUCGACUCCAUCUGCAACAAUUCCUGGUUUUCAAAAACUGCAAUGAUUCUCUUCCUUAAUAAAAAAGAUUUGUUCCAGCAGAAAAUUCUCAAUUCGCCCCUGACUGUAUGUUUUCCUGACUAUACAGGAAAAAACACCUACGCUGAAGCAUCUGUUUAUAUACGACAUCAGUUCGAAGACCUAAACAUUCACCCGGACACUAAAGAAAUCUACUGCCACUUCACAUGUGCGACGGACACAAGAAACAUAGAGGUUGUAUUUGAUGCAGUAGCUGAUGUCAUAACAAAGUCAAAUAUGAUGGAGAUUGGACUUAUUUAACGACUAGAUGAUUACACCAAACAUAACCAAAAGAUUUGCUUUUACAGCACCAGUGACAAAUAUCCUCAAACAAUUAAGAAAUGAGAUAUUGCAGCAAACCAAUUCAACUAUGGAUACCAAUUGACUAAAACUUAUAUUCUUCAUAACUGUUACCAGAUAUCACCAGUGUGUAGAAAGCACUGAAUGCUUAUGAACUGUCACUGUUUUAACACCAAACAUAGGGUAAUACAAAUGCACUGUUGGUAUACAGAGCGAUUACAAGUACACAGAGAUUACUUUGAUUUGGGAAGUUUUUAUUUCUUCAAACCUGUGUGCUUGUUCAUAUAUAUAUUUUAUAUUUCAUUAAUUUGUACAUUUUGUUUUUAAUUUACAGUCUUGAUAUGUUGUGGUUUUAAAACAAUUUUUAAUCAACUCAAUGACAUGAGACAGCUAGGAAGUAGUAGCAAGUUUAAUUGAGGACACGAACUCACUGAGUUUUAUAAAAACAUUAAACUGUUUCCUUGUUUUGAAUAUUUGAAUUCUGAAAACAGUGCACUAACAGAUAUUGUUGUUUUUUUUUCCCAAAACCCAAUAAAAAAAAUUUCAUAAGAAAA